UGAGAAUGUGAAUGAGAUGGAGGAAGAGAUUGAGUGAGUGAGGCAGUGAAAGAUACAGAGUUAAAGAGAGGAAGAGUGUGGAUAGACAGAAGGAAACAAUAACGUUUCUGCUGCAGAAUCAGUGACAGGGUGUUAACAAGAGAUGGAGUGUGUGUGUGAGAGAGAAAGGUGGCUCACUGCUGCAGGAUCAGCGAAGGGUUAUUAAUGAAAGGGAGUGUGUGAGAGAAAGAUGUGGCUUUCUGCACUGAAGGAGCAUAAAUGUGUGAGAGGGAGAGAGGGAGCUGGCUUUCUGAUGGAGGAUCAGUGAUGGAGCAUUAAUGUGUGAGAGGGAGCUGGCUUUCUGAUAGAGGAUCAGUGAAGGGGCAUUAAUGUGUGAGAGGGAGAGAGGGAGCUGGCUUUCUGAUGGAGGAUCAGUGAAGGGGCAUUAAUGUGUGAGAAGGAGAGAGGGAGCUGGCUUUCUGAUGCAGGAUCAGUGAAGGGGCAUUAAUGUGUGAGAGGGAGAGAGGGAGCUGGCUUUCUGAUGCAGGAUCAGUGAAGGGGCAUUAAUGUGUGAGAGGGAGAGAGGGAGCUGGCUUUCUGAUGCAGGAUCAGUGAAGGAGCAUUAAUGUGUGAGAGGGAGAGAGGGAGCUAGCUUUCUGAUGGAGGAUCAGUGAAGGAGCAUUAAUGUGUGAGAGCAUUUUCCCAUGUGACUGGCGUGUCUGAGCAGCAGCUCUUUGUUACUGGGGGCGUGUAUGUGUGUGUGUAUCUGUGUAUCUGUGUGUGUGUGUGUGAGAGAGAGAGAGACACUUACAAACCCUGCAAUAUCCCCCUACCACUCCUGGCUGGACUGGCUGCUCAGAUACAUCUGCAGUUUGCGGGCUGGUGAAUCUCACUGCUCCUCUCCGCCUUGCUGCCUGCUUAUUGUAAGAAUGUGAAUUGCUGACUAUCAUUUCUUGCCAAAUCUGCUGCUCCUUCCAGCUUUCCCAGCUUCAAUAACGGUUUUGUUUUGCUCUCGGUUGGCCCCCUGUGACCUGAGAUGGCGGUGAACUCUGACAGUGAGGUCACUGAUGUAGUGACUCCACCGACAGCCCGCGCUGUCUCUGAACCAGCAGUACCCCCUGAGAAGCAGCAGCUGAAUGGCAAUGGUUUGUUGGAUGGAGCGAAGACCACAUCCCUGCAGGACCUCGCCCGGCCUCUGCACAAACACAGCCCCAGGAAGGCGGUUCGCGCCAGUUCUGUGACACACCUCCCUCCGAGUGCCCUGAACUCCCCUCGCACCAGCAUUCACCGGCAUCCAUCUGUGCAGACCGUCGAGGGAGGCGAACACGAGAAACCCCGCGACUACAUCAUUCUGGCGAUCAUCUCCUGCUUCUGCCCCAUCUGGCCCCUCAACAUCGUGGCGUUUGUGUAUGCUGUGAUGUCUAGGAACAGUUUCCAGAAUGGAGAUGUGGAUGGAGCCCGAAGGCUGGGGCGCGUGGCCAAGUUACUAAGUGUUGUGGCUGUUGUUGGGGGCCUGGUGAUCAUUGCAGCCUGUGUCAUUAACUUCUCCAUUUUCCAGUGAAUGCUGAAGUGUCAGUCUCCUGGCCCCCCACAGGACUCCGGCAAGAGUGCGGUGACUGUGUGACGCAUCGGUGGGGCCGCUGUGGAGACGGAGAUGGAGAUGUGGUCGUUGCUAGCGGAACAGUUGACCGCUGCUCUCGGCGAAGAUACCCUAUAGUCGCAUGCCAACGUUUACCAAACAAUAUGGUUCAGUACAAGGUUUGGGGUGG